AUGAGCCCCCAAGAACUUGACAAACUCAAAAAGCAACUCAAAGAACUUCUUGACCUUGGUCUCAUUUGCCCUAGCUCGUCUCCAUGGGGUUCUCCUAUAUUAUUUUUAACAUCAGCAUUUCACCCUCAAACCAAUGGAAAAUGUAAACAUUUAAAUGGUAUUUUAAAACAAAUGCUACGAAAAUAUGUACAUGGUGCUAUUCAUUGCUGGGACAAAUAUUUGGAAACUGCACUCUGGGCCUGCCGAAUUAGGAUACACCAAACAACUGGUUUCAGUCUGUUCUUUCUGACCUAUGGCCAUGAACCUUGUAUUUCAGGUGAUCCUCUACGCCCAUUCAUGGAUACCACUAUUCCUGAUGAUCCUUCUCUUGUCUCUGAUGGUGUUAUCCCUUUUCUCCACAAUCUGCAACAAGCCCGCAUUAAUGCUGAUGCUCGAGUAGCCACCAAUAGCCAACAAGACAAGGAACAAUGGGAUUCUAUUAUGAAACCGCACCAAUUUGCAAUCAGUAAACAUUUAUUGCUAUGGCAUGAAAACAAAUUUGGCUUAGAAUAUAACUGGAUGGGACCAUACAUAGUUAUAGACAAGAAUGCAGAUAAAAAUAUAUACAAGCUCACAACUAUGGAAGGUGUCCCUUAUACUUCCUGGGUUCACGCCAAUCAUUUAAAAAUUGCAAAAUCUGAUGAUUUUGACCAUAUCUGGUAUCACCCAACCCCUGGCUGUGCCCAAAUGCGCUGCGAUUUAGCCUUGGACUCUUCUUCUGCCCUACCGUUUUCCCUUGUGGAUUCUUCUGGGGUUUAUUGA